UUAGUAGCAUAGAUGCUUGUCCUAUAAUAAAAAUUCUUACAUUCAUGGGGUGCCAGACAUGAAAUGAAUGGCAUUAUUGGAUGGGUCUUUGUGCAAUCCGUCUGCAACUGAAUCUUAGUGUUGUGACAAAAAAGAAACUAAGGAUAGGACUUUUUGGCAAUUGGGAUCCCACUGGCACCGAUGAAUUCCAUCUUUACAACCAAGCAGCGUCUCAACCGGCCCUCUGUUCCAUGUUCGUCACCCUUUAUACGCGGUUUUAAACUUUUAGGUCAUACAAUACGUUGCUAUUUUCAUUGUCUAUGCCUUUUGUCUGGGGCAUUAUUGUAAAAAAUAUCUUACUUUUUGAUCCAACUUGGAAUCAAAUCAUUUUCUUGGACCAGUAAAAAUUUUAGUCUGACUUUAGUACGGUUAUUAUAAAAAGGAAAAAAAAAAGAAUGAAAAACAUUGCACCACAAGUAACAGAAUGAACGUCAUGUUAACUAUUCUUCUAUUAAUCGUUUUAAUGAAGAGAUUAUAUAGCAUUUAGUUAUGUUUUAUUACUUAAAUUAGUUGUGCAAAAAGUGAUUGUCGAUUACAAAUGAUUAGAAUUAUUACAAAUAAAAAGGGAAAUAUUUUUCUUCAUUUUGUCCUUGUCACUUAACAAAUGGAGGCUCGGCACCCAUUCUUAUAGUGAAAAAUAAUGUCAAUUCAGCUUGUACUAGUUGGGAAUAAAAUAAUAUACUUCAGUUGUUACCAAAUGACUUAACACAAGAACACAAUCUCGAUGGUUGAUGCACUUGUGUAUUUUAAUUUCUGCAAAUAUUGUCCCGCUUCUAUAUUCUUCUUCACGGUAAUAUUUAUUUUUUAAAAUAUAAAAAAGAGCUUAAAAUAUUGCAAAAAAGACAAACAACAUAAGUUGCACAGACAAAGAAGGCUUUGUUUCAUACAGUCAGUGGCUUCUGAGAGCCUGAUAGAUCAAACAAAGACAAAGCUGCCAUUGAAGAAUUCCAUUUUGCAGUUUGGCAACUUGGAUCAGUUGGAAAUGCUUAUUGGAUAAGAUAGACUUAAAGACAGCUGCAGGAGGCAUCCAUAACAUUUAGAAUUUAAGCUCCAGUUGAGAGUAAACAGCACGAGACUGCCCAUUUAGGUUGAAGGUUUUUUAUAAUCAGAUGAUUCUUGACAGAUGUUUUGGAAGCAUGCUUCUGGUUCUAAUUAGCAUGUUUGCCAAUGUGUUAGGUGCAUUCAUUGGGAUAAACAUAGGUACUGAUGUUUCCAGCAUGCCGUCAGCUUCAGACGUGGUUGCUAUUGUCAAAGGCCAUCAAAUUACUCACAUACGACUUUAUGAUGCUGACUCUCACAUGCUGAAAGCCCUUGCAGACAGCGCGAUUGAAGUUACAGUUGGCGUGACAAAUGAGGAAGUCCUAGGAAUUGGAGAAUCCGCAUCAGCAGCAGCAGCCUGGAUCAACAAAAAUGUCGCAUCCUACGUGCCUUCAACCAACAUUACAGCCAUUGCUGUUGGGAGUGAGGUUCUCACCUCAAUCCCUCAUGCUGCCCCAGUUUUAGUUACUGCUAUGAAUAACCUCCACAAAGCACUUGUGGCUUCUAAUCUGAAUUUUCAGGUUAAAGUUUCAAGCCCCCAAUCCAUGGACAUCAUUCCCAAGCCUUUCCCCCCCUCUACUGCUGCCUUUAACUCCUCAUCAAACUCUACAAUAUACCAGCUUCUUCAGUUUUUGAAGAACACUAACUCCUAUUACAUGUUAAAUGCUUAUCCAUAUUAUGGUUACACUAAUGGAAAUGGCAUUUUUCCAAUUGAUUAUGCUCUUUUCAAACCUCUCCCCUCUGUCAAACAAAUUGUUGACCCAAACACUCUCUUCCACUAUAACAGCAUGUUUGAUGCGAUGGUUGAUGCAACCUAUUAUUCUAUGGGCGCUCUCAAUUUUUCUGGGAUCCCUAUUGUUGUCACAGAAACAGGAUGGCCUUGGCAAGGUGGAUCCGAUGAACCUGACGCCACUGUGGAAAAUGCUGAGACCUUCAUUAAUAAUUUGAUCCGGCGAGUUUCCAAUAAUUCAGGUCCACCAAAUCAACCGGCUUUUCCCAUCAACACAUACAUUUAUGAAUUGUUUAAUGAGGACAAGAGACCUGGGCCUGUCUCCGAGAAAAACUGGGGGGUGCUUUUUAUGAAUGGUACUGCCAUUUUUCCUUUGAGUUUGAGUGUUUCUAGUCAGAUUACAGGAAAUUCUACUACAGUUUUCUGUGUGGCAAAAGACGACAGUAGUGAAGAUAAAUUGCAAGAUGGGCUCAACUGGGCAUGUGGGCAAGGCCAGGCCAAUUGCAGUGCUAUACGAUCAGGGGAGCCAUGUUAUCUCCCAAAUAACAUCAAGAACCAUGCAUCUUAUGCUUACAAUGAUUAUUAUCAAAAAAUGCGUAGUGUUGGUGGGACAUGUGAUUUUGAUGGGACAGCCACAACUACCAUUAAUGAUCCAAGUUAUGGUUUCUGUAUAUUUACAGGAAGUUCUAAUUCAAGCACGGGUGGAGGGAUUUCGCCUCCUGUAGCAUUCGGUCCUAUAAGUCCUUUUGGAGAGAGUACAAAGCUUCCUGUAUCCAAGAUUCAGUUUCUAAUCUCAGCAGCUUGUCUUGCUGUAAUCUUGCUAUAACAAUGGAUUUACACCUUGUUGCCCGGCUUAGAGUAGUGCCGAAGAUCACAUUUAACAUAAGAUGAAGUAGAUUGUAAUGACAUCCACAGAGGCCAAUGAUAUGUGACGGUUGUUUUAAUCUUCAUGGUGGCGUUCGCAUGUUUAUCAUCCAUACGAAUUUUGCUUUAGUUUUGAGUUGGUUGAUCCUCUUGGAUACUCAGCGCCCACCUCUUUCGGCAAUCAGGUGCCUUGUGGGUUGCGCAGUAGCCAUUCUAGCCUUUAUUAUUAUUGUUUUUUUGGAACAUGAGUAAACUUGGAUUUGUUAGUUGACAAUGGAAAUGCAAUUCUUCCUACAAUCAGCCCUUAAAGUUAAGUUCCAUCUUUUGCUUUUCAGUCCUUUUAGUCUAUCAUUUUUACAUGUUUUUAAAGAUUUUGUUAAAUUUGAAAGUAAAUAUCAUAAUGCACUUGACUAUUGCACUCUA